CCGCCAACGAUGCGUGCUUGGCGAUGUGGCAAUGCGGAAAUUAUCCCGUUCCAAAGUAUUUUUAUGCGGACUUGAUGCAGUCGGUGUGGAAAUUGCGAAAAAUCUCGUCCUUGGUGGAAUCGAGGAGCUGACAAUCCAGGACAAUGCCAGAUGCACAGUUGCAGAUAUGGGCGUACAGUUUUUCAUUCGACAAGCAGAUGUCGACAGCGGCAAGACCAGAGCCGAGGCUAGUCUCCCUCAUCUGGUUGCCCUCAACCCAUAUGUCAGAGUUUCACUGGAAACGAACGAAGUGACUUCGAUCACCGCUCCCUUGGCCAGUGAAGUAAACUUACAAUUGUUGAAACCGCUGUGGAACCCUGAUGAGGAGAAAACAACCAAAGUUGAGUGCCUGAUCGUAACACAGUGUUCACUUCAUGCUGCCACCCUACUGAACAUUUUCUGUCGGAAACACUCCAUCCGGUUCAUCUAUACCAAUGUCUACGGAGUUUUGGGAAACCUGUUUUGUGAUUUCGGCCCUCAGUUCAACGUCUAUGACCCGGAUGGUGAGCCCCCAAAGGAAUUUUUCAUUGGUCAUAUGGGGAAGCUCAAUUCAACACAGCUCUUGAUCAAGGUUUUUGGGGACAGACGGCAUUAUCUGGAAACCGGGAAUGUGAUACAAUUCCGCGAUCUGGAAGGAAUGACCGAGCUCAACGGACAAGUCUUCCCUGUUCAAGCUGUAGCACCCUUCCGGUGCCUAGCUGCCAUGCCACCCGAAGGAAGCAGGAGGGCUGGGGUACUUCCAGGUAGCCCAAGCCUAGACAGGGCAAGUCAAGAGGUAGAGGUCGGGUUCGAACUACGAAACUUCCGGUCAGUAAAUUCGCGCUCUAACCACUUGGGCCAUCUUGUGAUGUGGAUUUAUAGGUAUAUUUGCCCCGGGACAGAAGGGGGACUGUUCAAAUGGGAGUGGCGCAAACUUAUUGACCGGAAGGUUCGAAACUCGAACCCGAUUCCUGCAUCUCGGAUGCUCCGGGCACUAUGUCACCUGUCGUGCUUCCUUCGAGUGGCAUGGCAGCUAUACAUCGAAAUGGUGUUACAGCUAAGGGAUUAUUUUAUCUCUCCUUCUGAGCUGGUCAUUUACACCGUAACUGAACAUCUGUCCGGCUACACUGGAGGUGGAAUCGCAUGCCAGGUGAUCCAACCACAGAUGCAGUCCUUUGAAACGCUGCUGGAGCAGUUACGGAAGCCGAAGAUCACAGUAGCUGACCUUUCUCGUCCACCAGAGGAAAGUAUACUGUUACAUCUGGUGUUCCUCAGUCUGAUGAAAUUCCAGCACGAAGAAGGACGACUUCCGGAACCCUGGAACGACAGCGAUUUGAAUCUAUUCUCGGAGAAAUUUCACGCGUUGAAUGAACUGUCACCGCUGAAAAUUGACCAACCGUCGAACAUGGAAUUUGUUCGUCGCCUGGCCAAGGUCUCACAAGGUCAGCUUGCCCCUUUGUGUGCGUUUUUCGGCGGAGUUGCAGCGCAAGAAGCGAUGAAGGCGCUUACCGGGUCUUUCACACCGCUCAACCAGUGGCUUUACAUGCACUGUGAAUCCGUCAUACCCUCAACCUCAGUGUCCACAAGAACAAACACGGAUCUGCAUUCGCGCUACGGACCGCUGGCCAUCUGCAUCGGGUCUGAAAACCUUCAGCGGCUGAAAAAUUUGAGUGCGUUUAUGGUUGGCUGUGGUGCGAUCGGGUGUGAGUUGCUCAAAAACCUAGCAUUACUUGGCGUGGCAACUGGUGGCGGGGCAGCUACGUCGCAGACACAACCAAUGCUCGAUUCCGAAACUCAGCAGAUCGGCGUUGAUCGGAAGGUGGACACAUGUCAGCUACAUUCACCCCUUCCAAGCUGUCAGUCGAACCAAGGUGAUGUGACACCUAGUGGGCAGUUCACACCAUCCUGCAAGCCUUCCACAACACAAACUCUGAGAUCAACCAGUCUGAAUCAUCAUGUACCCGAUGGAUCGACCGUGUUAGAUGACCGUCAGGCUGGAGUUUCGGUCACAGAAAUUCCCGUGGCAAAUGAUCUAGUUCGAACUGGCAGGAGUGGGGUUUUGAUAGACGAGGCAACCGAGGCGCAAGUGGCCAACAUUGAACCAAUCUCUCCUGCAGUCAGUUCCACAUCCCAUCGACCAGACCCGCGUACUGCUUCGGCUGAAGUGUGUGUAAAACGGCCCAAAGCUGAUUCUAAAGAAGGCGCAACUUCUCAUGCGAGUCAGACCCUGGCGGAAUCCACCAAAUCUUUCCCGCCAUCCGGCGUUGAAACACAAGUCCAAACCGCCUCCGAUCCAAGUUCAACUUCGCGAGCAAAUGUCAAUGUGUCAUCGCGGCAGGCAGAUCCUCGCCCUCUACUUCUCAUCACCGAUCCGGACCACAUCGAAAAAUCUAACCUUAAUAGGCAAUUUUUAUUCCAUUCGAAACACAUCGGGCUCUCAAAAAGUGCAGUGGCUGCAGAAGCUGCGCGCCAAAUGAAUUCGGCAAUGCGCAUCACCUCGAUGGAAGAGAAAGUAUGGCCGGCGAAUGAGAAGACCCUGUUCACCGAUGAGUUUCUGCUCAACCUACUAAGCCCUAAAGGCCACGAAUCUACUGAGCCUCCUGCUCCCAGUGGUAUAGUCCUUGCCGCCUUGGAUUGUGUUCCUAGCCGACGUUACCUGGACACACGGUGCGUUUCUCUUCAUCUUCCGCUGUUGGAAAGUGGAACUCUGGGCACGAAAGGUCACGUACAGGUCAUUCUGCCUGGUCUCACGGAAUCCUACAACAGUCAACGGGAUGACGACGGUGGUCCAGACAGUGCGGAAUCGAUCCCUUACUGUACGCUUAAGUCAUUUCCCACACUGUCCAUCCACUGUGUUGAGUGGGCUCGUGAAAAGUUCGCAAGUCAAUUUACCCUCAAACCAGAACGACUAUCCCAAUUGUUAACCGUCCUGGACCGAAGCAGACCCGGUCGUCAGUUGUCUGUGUUAUGCGCCAAUUUGCUCCGAAUCCCCACUGCCAACUCGGAUCAGCUGUUCGACGAAGCUGAACGCGAAAUCAAAGCCAGAUGGUUGUCUGGUCAGCUGACUUGUAGUUUGGCUAGUUUCCUUGCCUCGCGACCGAUCGAUUGGCAUGGUUGUGUUCGCUUGGCAAGAGACAAAUUUGAGCGAUACUUCAAUCAUAAGGCACGUCAACUGCUCCAUUCGUUUCCACCGGAAACCAGACUUGCGGACGGAACUCCGUUCUGGCAAUUGCCAAAGCGCCAACCGACUCCUGUCGAAUUUCGUGCAACUGAUCCCCUGCAUCAGAAAUUCCUCAUGAGCUAUUCUCGUCUUCUGGCGGAUCAGCUGGCAAUCCCUCCUCCAGCGGACGUUGAUUUUAACAGCUCGAACACUGAACAUCUGGCCAGGCACCUGGACCGUUGUCUGCAAGGCCAUACUCCACCCGUAUUUGUCCCGUCGGCCAAACGAAUCGCUACCGACGAGGAUGAAACUUCCGAAGCCUCUGUGAACAACCAGAAUGCGGAAGCGACCACAGGUGACGACCCCCUAAACUUGGACGAGCACACGAUCCGAGCGCUUCGCACGACUUUGACAGCACUGCAGGAUGCCAUGAAACUACGGUCCAUAUAUGCUUGCCAUUCUGUGGCUUUUGAGAAGGACGAUGAUCGCUUGGCACACGUGGAUUUUAUCGCUUCGGCUGCAAAUCUCCGAGCUGUCAUGUACGGUCUGCCAGUCACUCCUCGUCAUGAGGUGCGCCGCAUAGCCGGACGCAUCGUUCCAGCAAUCGCCACCACCACGGCUGCCGUGGCAGGACUUGUUUGUGUGGAAUUGGUCAAGUACGCCUGCCGCACGUCAACGUCAGACAGUUCGCAGACACACGCAGCACGCAACAGUUUCCUCAAUCUGGCCUUGCCAGUGAUUAUCCUCAGCGAACCUGCGCCGUGUCCGAGAAUCCCACUGCCAAAUCAAUCCGAAUUCACUUUGUGGGAUCGCUGGACUGUCGACCCGUCGAAACCACUAGCUGUAUACACUUUGGAGGAUUUUGUGUUGGAUUUGAAGAAACAACACGCCUUGGAGGCCACGUUUAUCACUCAGGGCAAUCGAAUGGUCUAUAUAAGCUAUCUGCCUGGACAUCAGUCUCGAUUGAGCAAGCGAUUCACUACUCUCCUCGAUUUGGACGCAGGAGAUAGUUAUGUGGAUCUUUCGAUUGCUUACGAUGCCGGCGUCGACGCUCCAGCCAAUGCGGACUACAUCCACGGCCCACCCGUUCGUUUCCUACUCAAGGCAACACGUGGCACUGAAUUGCCUUCAUGACGCCUUCAACCUGCCUCCAGUAAUCACUUGGCUGUCUCACAAACUCAUCCGCAGAUGUGCUUUCAGGUAUCCUCCAACCUGGACCAGAUUUCCAGUCAAUUUCUUCGUGGCAGUCUUCUCUUCAUCUGUAACUUCACACUUAGUACCUAUUUGCUACCGCCUGAAGUAAAGACGUACUGAAG